CUCAGAUCGACUUAACUUUGCUUCAGUUCCAGCAUUGUUUCUUUGAUACGUGCACCGUCAUGCUCCGGCGGGCCUGCAGAAUAAGGCCUCUCCGGUCAGUACCGCUCUCACAAUCGAUCCGCUUCUCAUCCUCUCUCUCUCCGCCGCUGAUCUCUAUCAAGAACGCAACCUUUUACAAGUCUGCUCCCACGGCCCAAGACAAAACUCAAGGCACAAACGCGCCCCUGUUCAGAGGCAUCGAUUUUACCCUGCCGACCGAGCCUUUAGAGGAGGACAAUUUCGAAGUCCAGACUUGGGCAAUAGUCGGGCGCUCUGACAAGACCCAGUUUCUCGAGAUCCUUGGCGGCAAAUACAUAUCUGACCCCCCCAACGGGCGGAGUUACCCGUACCUUCUCAGCGAUGAGAUCGCCCAGCGCAACCCCCGAGCGCGAUUCCCACAGAAUGCGAUCCGAUACCUUGGUUUUAGUGGGGAAGGCUCCGAAGCCAAUGGGGGCACGCGGGGCGCCUAUCUGAGUGCUCGGUAUGAGAGCCUGCGGGAGGAGACGGACUGGACAGUGCGCCAGUUUCUCCGCGGCCAGACCUCGUUGAAUCCGCUCCCGGAGCAGCGAGGUGGUACCGUUGAUGACGAGGAGCUGCUUGCCCGGGUCAUCGACGAUCUGCGGCUGGGUGAACUUCUGGACAUGCCGGUGGCCAACUUGAGCAACGGCCAAAUGCGACGGGCCCGGGUCGCCAAAGCCCUGCUCGACAAGCCGGAAGUGCUACUUCUUGACGAUCCUUUCAUGGGCCUUGAUCCUGAAUCCACCACAAGAAUGUCGGAAGUCCUCCGCCGCCUCGCCCGCAAGGCAGAACCCCGGUUGAUUCUCGCCUUCCGCCCGCAAGACCCAUUGCCAGACUGGAUCAGUCAUGUUGUCAUACUCGGCGACGGCCAAGCCGCGAUAUACGCGGGGCGUCGGACACUUGCACAUCAAUUGACUACUGUAUGGUCAUACUUUGCCCACUACAAGAGGCUGAACAAAAACACCGAAGGAGGCUACCAUAAGGGUUUAGUGAAAUCGACAUUGAUCGUGACCCGAGAAUACAUGCAGGAGUUUUUGAGGGGCUUUGCGCCAUCUUCUCUGUCCGAAGGCUCCGCGCCAGCCAAGCUUCAUCCGCCCCGGGGCGGCGAGCCCUUGAUUGAAAUGGAAGGGGUUCGCGUGCAGUAUGGAGACAAGGCGGUCCUGGGCAAAUGGUCGCAGUCUGUUGACGGCGAGUCGAAAGAGGGUCUCCACUGGACGGUGCGUCGCGGCCAGCGCUGGGCCAUCCUCGGCGCCAACGGAUCUGGCAAGACGACGCUGCUCUCGCUCAUCACCUCCGACCAUCCUCAGACUUAUGCGCUUCCCGUUCGUCUUUUCGGCCGCUCACGUCUCCCUGAGGAGGGCAAACCGGGUAUCUCCAUCUUUGAGCUUCAGCGGCGCAUCGGUCACUCCUCGCCUGAAGUCCACGCUUUCUUUCCCCGUCAACUCACCCUGCGUGAAGCCAUCGAAUCCGGCUUUUCUGAGACCUUCUUGUCGCGGCCGAAGAUGAACUACGAGCGCGAUCUGGACGUGGAAGCCAUCCUGGAGCAUUUCAAACCUGAACUCAGCGCUCCCCUCGCGCUCCCACGCAAUAGAUCAGGUCGCAAAAAAGGAAUCAUUACGGCAACCACUGGCAAGAUGUUCCCGUUACACGAUGCUCACCACUUCAGAAAGGAGUUCAAUCCCCCUGGCGUUGAGAUGGAAUGGGCCGACACGGCCACAUUCGGGCAGUUACCUGUCGACCUUCAGAGGCUAAUUCUUUUCUUGCGCGCUCUGAUUCAUCGACCUGAUAUCGUCAUUCUCGACGAGGCAUUCUCCGGAAUGUCCAUCGGUCUACGCGACAAGUGCAUUGACUUCCUUGAAAAUGGGCUUGGCCCGGAGUCACGCUUCGGCGGUCUCUCCGAUGAGCAAGCCCUCAUCAUGGUCAGCCAUCUCCGUGAGGAGAUCCCAGACAGCGUGCGCUACUACAUGCGUCUGCCGUCGAGAGAACAGGAAGGCACCUUCCGCUUCGGCCCGCUCCAGUCGCAGAGCUCCUUGCGUAGCCCCAAGAUUUGGAACAUGCUGUGGGCGCCGCCAGAGACCUACAACAAGAGGUCCGCCCCAGCUGAUCCGACGGAGGUCCCAGAAGGCGAGGCGGUGCGAGAGGACUACAACCGGUACGAUUGGCGAUCCGUCUAG